AUGUAUGAAUUUGCGCGUAGUAACAUCGACGACGCCCACAAACGAAAGUUGCCAAGAAUUAAGGUGAGAGGCAGCCAACAUAGGCUCCCUUGUCCCAUUCCCGGCAAUAUUGUAAAAUGGAAGCUCCGUCGAGUUGUCCUAGCCUUUAUUGUCUCGUUUGUUAUCUUCGUAUUUCUUUGGACCGCGACUAACUGUCCUAACGACGACACUUCUCACUCGGUUUCUAGGUGGAUAUGGCGCGAUUUGGAUCCCCGGUAUGCAUCCGAGAUAGACGUUGAUUGGGAAGAAGUUUCGAGAACCUUAAACCCGGUAAUGAAAGACAAUAUCCGUCAAGAAGUUGGCCUUCUCAACUUCGACGAAAAUGAAAUCCAUCGAUGGAAACGACUCAUUCCCGAUGCUAACCACACCGUUCUGUCUCUCGAAUACGCUCAUCAAACCGUGACUUGGGAGUCGUUAUAUCCCGAGUGGAUCGACGAGGAUCAAGAAAAUGAAGUUCCAAUCUGCCCUUCUCUUCCGAGUAUCAAAGUGCCAAGAAGACGACUCGAUCUCAUCGUCGUCAAGCUUCCAUGCCCCGACAAGAAAUGGUCGCGAGACAUUGCAAGGCUGCACCUUCAGAUCGCAGCCGCGCGUUUAGCAGCUUCGUAUAACUGCAAUUCCCCGGUGCAUAUACUUCUCGUCACCCCGCGCUUUCCUACGCCGAAUUUGUUUCGUUGCAACGACCUCGUCGCGCGCCACGGCAGCGCAUGGCUGUAUAGACCGAAACUACAAAAGUUGAGGGAAAAGCUUCGCCUUCCGGUAGGAUCUUGUGAACUUGCAGCUUCGAUUGAUUAUUCGAUAAUGUCGACGAGGAAGAGGGAGGCGUAUGCGACUAUACUACAUUCGGAUAAUGCAUACGUCUGCGGCGCGAUCGUUGCGGCGCGGAGCAUUCGAAUGUCGGGAUCAACGAGAGAUCUUGUGAUCCUCGUCGACGAAUCGAUUGGCGAUCGGCAGAGAAGGGCGUUGGAGAUGGCGGGGUGGAGAGUUUGGAGUAUGGAUAGGAUUAGGAAUCCGAAGGCGGAGAAGGAGAGCUACAAUGAGUGGAAUUACAGCAAGUUCCGGCUAUGGCAGAUGACGGAUUAUGAUAAAAUCGUGUUCAUUGAUGCGGAUAUGGUGAUCCUGAGGAACAUCGAUUUCCUGUUCGGCCUGCCGGAGAUAUCGGCGACGGGUAACGACGGCGCGUGGUUCAACUCGGGGGUGAUGGUGAUCGAGCCGUCGAACUGCACUUUCCGGCUGUUAAUGGAGCACGUGGAGGAGAUCGAAUCGGCCAACGGCGGCGAUCAGGGGUACCUGAACGAGAUAUUCACGUGGUGGCACCGGCUGCCGCGGCGGGUGAAUUUUCUGAAGCAUUUCUGGAGCGGCGACGGCGCGGCGGCGAGGGAGAGGAAGGUUCGGAUGAUGGCGGCGGAGGCGCCGGAGGUUUUUGUGGUGCACUAUUUGGGGAACAAGCCGUGGAUGUGUUUUAGGGAUUAUGAUUGCAAUUGGAAUGUGGAGAGGCUGCGGGAGUUCGCGAGCGACGCGGCGCACCGGCGGUGGUGGAAGGUGCACGACGGGAUGGAGGAGGGGCUCCGUGAGAUGUGCUUGCUGAGGGCGGUGCAGAAGGCGCAGCUGGAGAUCGAUAGGAGGGAGGCGGCGGAGAGGAACUUCUCCGACGGACACUGGAGGAUGGAGAUACGAGACGGGCGGCUGGGGAGGUGCGCCGGCGAGGAUCGGGAUUGCAAUUGGAAGGGAAUGCUGAAUCAUUGGGUGAAGAAGACGACUCCAUUGUUGUCUUCUUCGUCGCACCUUUGA